UCCCUUCCAUUUACAUGUGGUUAAUUUCUUUGUAAGUGUAAAAUAAAAAUUGUCAUCUGAUGAGCCGUCAGUUGCCAAGUUGAUUAACUGAUAGAUAAAAUAAUGAGCCGUUGACCAGUAGAAUACGGGUUCUUGCACCGAUUUCGACCUUCGAAAUGAAGAGCGUCACAAAACAACACUGAAGAAUGCCCAUAUGAGUCGAUCUCACUAAAUCAAAUAUUACCGGUAAAACUCGGCGGGCUGUGAUAAGAAUGGCCGGCGGCAGGCCGUAUCACGCUGUUCCGAGACUUAACUCGGACUGCAAGCAACUGGCGUCCAGCAUUCCAAUUGUAUCAGUUACAUAAAAAAAAAAACCAAGUGAGUUGUCACCGCUGUGGUAGGCGCGUCAUGUAGCUGCACGAUUUACUAUGAUUUUCAUAACUGUCAUUUCUCUUAGAUAUUGAGUGUAUUAGUCAGGUCUAUUAAUUAUUCACGUGCUGUUAGACAGACGUCGCUAUAAUCCGACGGACGUGAAGCUUUGUAAUGCUUGGUGUGUACAGACUUCUGUUGGAAAUAAAUUGGACUUCAAACCGAGCUGAUUCGAUUCGUGGUCGAUUCUUGAGCUCAGUGUUGAUAGAUUGUGCAGUUGUACGACGUUGAGCACAUGGACAACAGAUGUACUGACGAAGUGUUUCUUAGGUUAAAUCCAAAUCCAAAACAUGGAUUAACUUCCUUCUCGCAUCCGUGAUCGUAUUGGAACUUUCUACGAUAUCUAAAUUAGACAAGGUUUUUUCCCUUAUCACAUCUGGUCGACACUUCGAGCAAUAGUUUGUUUUGUUUUAUCUCGUAGCAUUCGUCAGCAGGAGUGAGUGCGUAUGUAUCACUGCAAACCUAUCUUCGUCAACGUUUUAGUGUUGCAUAUCCUGUAUACGAUUCUUUGUUUGAACACUCCUCCAGCUUGGACAUAAAUUCGCGGCCAGACCUAAAGCUACAUGUGAAGAUGGCUAUGGUGCAGAUGUGCGUCCUGGGACUGUAUGCUGUACUUGUCUUUAUGAUGCAGAUGAAGACGUACGUUACAUAUGGUCAGCUUAUAUGCGCAUGUACAACAGCAGCGUGCAACGAUACGGGAAGCGUCACAUGUCAUGCAGUAACUUCAUGUUAUACCCAAUACCUUGAUCAACGUGACGGCAGUUCACCAAUCACGCGUGGCUGCAUCGACGAGAAAACGCCACUGCUUUGUGAAAACAGGAGGCCAUUUGUUCCUGUGACACCUUGGCCUCAUCUCCGGUGCUGCAAAGAAUCCAUGUGUAAUGCAGACACUGUCAUUUUAACACCUCCAGCAUGGCCAAGGAGACUUGUACAGAGUACGACAGCCCAAGUCUUUCCGACAGGGGACAUUCGCCCUCAUCAUAAUUCGAAACAACCAGCUCAAAACUCCGAUCCAAAAGCUGAAAAUGUUAAGCAGCCCAUUUUAAUCAUAGCACUCCCGGUCGUCGUUCUUUGUCUGUUUGUAAUCUUGCUCAUCGUUGUUGUCAUCAUAGUAAAACAGUCACGCACACGGCACAGAACUAGUGAAUUUGGCGCCAAUACGAACACUACUGGGUUGCCCACCAGACGUGGCAGGGGCGUAUUAUACAACACUGGUGACCCAUACGUGAGGGAGAAGUUCUUAAGUAGCGUACCAGUUUGAUGGCUGGUUUUCAUCAGUUACCAACAGCUUUUGUCAUAUGCUACAGGGACUUACGGAGAAUUACACCAACACGUAUAAACCACUGUGUUUGUUUCCAAUCACAUGUUGGUCCAUAUAGGUGGUAUUUACAAGCAUGUGACCAGUAGAAACCGCUCCAUACACAAAGAUGUGAUCGAGCAAAGUUCCUGCUCUUGCACCAGUUACUGUCUUGUUUAUUUGAGUCGGAGAUGUAUUAGAUUCGCUGGGCUUAACAAUAGCAUUCACUUCGAAUUUCAGGUCGCCUGCCUGUAGACUUGCUAUUAUGUUUGGCAGACAUAGGGUUUAUUUUAGAUCAUAACUCAAUUGGAAAUAGAAAUUAAAAAUGGGAACAGGGAAAUUGUCUCAUCUGUCCUUUGCUGUCAUGUUUAAAGUUAGUGCAUUGAGAUUUGUUUGUCUUUUUAAAAAGAUUAAAUACAGAUAAGUGAAUAUGAAUUAAUCGUAGAAACCUUAUCUGUUUCUUUUCUGUAUCAAAUUUCUAUUAACCCAUUUAAACCGAAAUGAGGGGGAGCUCUUGAGAGAGAAAAACAUUGGAGCAUUUGCACUGAUGCAACUAUGUACCUAUAAAUCCCCAGCUCCAGCCCCGAUCGGUUUGGUAACAUUUUUUACAUUCAAUGGCUAACCAGCUAUUAGUAUACCGGUAUCAUUUUACCUUUAUUUAUCAUAUUGUUUCCAUUUAUGUUUGUAUUCAAUUUUAAAAAUCAAAUUUCAUAAAGACAUUGUUGAAAUUCGUCUCUUAUAAACUUCAGGUCAGCACACCUCCAGAAUGGCAUCACCCGGUUCCCCUCCCUACCCCCAGUGCCUAUCGUCCAUUUCAUACCUUUAUCCACCCUUUACCCUCAAGUUUUCCUCAAUCCUGAACACUGCUUUUGGUGUCCCAUUUCCUUAACUAACCUUUGUCAUUCAACAGGUCUAUACAGUAAAGAAAUAUCGGUUUUUUAUAUCAAAUUUCCUGAAUGAAUUAAUUGUUGCUCAUCAACAUCCACCACUUUCUGACUAUUCACUAUUUCUGACAUUUUAUGUUAUAUUAACGUGUAGCAUGAAGGGAAGGUGAGACAUCGUAGAGGUCAAAUGUUAAGUCAAACCAGCUGCGACGUCAUCAACAUUAUAAUGCAACAUUUCCUUUUUGAAUGGUUGUCACUGCAUGGUUGUGACUGCAACCUGGUUUUAUUUACUUUAUAAUGGAUGGCCAACAUGGUAUCUUUUGAAUCGUGGCAUUUCACAGGGAAUUCCACACACUAGGGAUUAUUGUGAAAUCGGUACAUCCGCAAUGAUCAAGGAUCAAACAGAAUGUUUCAUGCAGGCUAUGAACUGCGCCCUCUACUGAUCGUUUGACAGCAGUCAGUUGUGCUUCAUCGCUUCACUGUACAUGACAAAACCAAAUCACUUCGAAUAAAAAAUCUACUUGAAAAGACAUCAAAAUUCUGUUUAUUGUAACCCAUGUUUAAUAUGGACACGACAGUGUAUUUUCCAACUAUGUCAAUCCAUAUCGUGUAUUUCUUGAUACGUAUCCGUUAAAGACCGUUCAUGGGUCAUGUUCUGAUGAGGAACAUUUCCCUGUUUGAAAGGGGUUGGAUCCGGCAGCCUUGCUUUACAGUAGUCCUUGGGGCGCCUGGAAAUCCACGACCCUCAGGGGCAUGGGAAUGCUCCGGAAAAAAUCGAGCCCCCAAAUGGAGCCAAUCUUUGGUUGCCUGUUGAUUAAAUUGGUCCCUCGCGAGGAUUUUUGGCAGGCGAAAAAUAAUAACUUCUUCCUUUAAAGGAGACGCUAUUUAUCUGAAUUCUGUUCAAGCAAGCCCUGUAAAGUUGCAGGUAUGCCCUCUGGAAUAAUAUAUAUGUUUUGUUAGAAAUAUUUGUUGGAAAUACAGUAAAUCGAGGGCACUUCACUGGAAACAAAGCUGGGCAUUUCGCGACUGUGGUCUAGCGGUGAUGUCCAUUUAAAGUUACAGUAUGGCACGGUUACAAGUCAAAUCCUAUCCUUUUUAAGGUCCCACAGUAGACUGUGAGAGCUGAUGCUCUUUGGAAUCAAUAAAAUUAGAACAAAACAAACAAGAUCUUAAAGAGACCUUCAAUUACCGUAACAGGAAAAAUUACAAAUUCAAUCCACUUUUUCUCAAGUACUGAGGUACCGGCCAGUUAAGUCGUGUUAACCAUCUUAGGAAAAGCUGUUAGUGGAAACUUAUGUUUUCGGAUAGGCAACAUCCGACAUCCAAAUUAAAACCGAGGAUUUCUUUCUACUGAUAUUUCAAAUUGAAGCGAGAACUAGUCCUUUCACUUUCAUUUGGAGACGAGUGCGAUUUGUUGUAUGGUUGUGUAUCGUAAACAUUUCAACAACUAUGUACCUUGAAAUCAAUCUCUGAUCUGAUUGAAUGUUGUCAGUUCCAGUCCUGGAAAGUCACUAAUGAAUUCUUAACUCCAAU